AAUCACCUUGCACUGGAAUGGACCGGGACAGCAGCACCGCGGACACGGUCCGCGAGCCGUACGAGCGCGUGACGGUCGAGAACCUCCGGAAGGAGGUCGCGCGGCGAAAGCUCAAGCUCAUCAAGCGGGGUCCGGACUCGAACAACACGAAGGACUGUCUCGUUCAGCUGCUGCGCGACAACGACCGUGGCAUCGAGCAGCAGGUUGUCGCCUAUCGCCCGCGACCGAGCGACGACGCCGGCCGCAACCCGGUGCCGCGCAUUGCCGCCGCCGUUAGCGUGCAAAGCGACCAGUUCCGACCCGUGCCGCCGGCGCCGAUACUGCUGCCGAUCCCCGUCUUUUCCAACGCGCCAUCGCCGAUGAUUCGGCCGCGGGCGCAGGCGCCUCCGUUGGCGCCAUGCAAUCAACCGUCAAAUGCUCCGCUGCCGUCAGCGGUGGCAGCCCCGGCGCCGCGACCAACUACGACGACGCCCGCGCCACGUCCGGCGUCGACCAGUCGCGCACCGCACUCGAGCGUCGACUAUUCGAUGGCCGAGGUCAUGACGUCUCUCCUCAAACGGCGGCGGUCGGACGAGACAGACGAAGAGCAGUUGGACCACGCCAUCAAGUCGCUCGAUAUGAUCUCGCGGGCUCUGAUGAGCGUGAAUGCAGUGAUCGCGAACCUCCGCGACGAGCUCGUGCACACAACUGAGCCCAGCGACGAGCACGAGUGCAUGGCUGCGACGCUCGGCCACUUUAAGCGCGUGCGCAUGGAGUUCCUGAAAGAAACACAGCACUUUACGUGGGUGUCCACGCACGCGAUGACCAACCCACAGCCUCCAAACCGGCCGCUGGCCAACAAUGCGCAACCACCAGCAUCGGCGCCGCGGACGUCUCCGUCGUAAUUUAGCUGCCUACGCUUUCGUUGACGGUCGUCCCUUAUAAUUAAUGAAGCACUUGUCCAGACAACGUUGGCACACCG